AUGCUUUUCACUCGGGUUGGAAGUAUCGCUGCUUGGGCAGUGCUGGCUAUCGCUGCUCCUGCUCGACCUGUCCCUCGAGAUGUCUCGACCGGUGUUCUUGGUGAAUUGACAUUAUUCGCGCAAUAUGCUGCGGCAUCAUAUUGCACGAACAAUGUCAACUCCACUGGUGACAGACUCUCUUGUCUCGAGGGAAACUGUCCAUCCGUCCAGUCCGCUGAUACAACCACGAUCUACGAGUUUGAUGAAUCCACGGAGUUUGGUGACGUCGCUGGAUUCCUCGCUGCCGAUCAGACAAAUCAACUCCUCGUGCUCUCCUUUCGGGGAAGCCGAACACUAAGCACCUGGAUUGCGAACCUGGAUUUUGGCCUCACCGAUGCCAGCGAUCUAUGCAGUGGCUGCGAGGUUCACAGUGGAUUCUGGAAAUCUUGGGAAACCGUCGCGGACGACAUCACCACGAAGAUUCAAACAGCUUUGACAGCCUACUCGGGCUACACUCUCGUCCUAACAGGCCACAGCUUCGGUGCAGCCGUCGCCACUCUUGGAGGCACUGCCCUCCGGAAUGCAGGCUAUGAAUUGGAACUUUAUACAUACGGUCAACCCCGAGUAGGCAAUGAAGCCUUGGCAACCUAUAUCACCAAUCAAGGCACCCUCUACCGAGUCACUCAUACUGACGAUGUGGUCCCCAAAUUACCCCCUGCCUCCUUUGGAUUCAGCCAUCCAAGUCCUGAGUACUGGAUUACCAGUGGCAAUAAUGUGACUGUGACUUCUAGUGAUGUGACUGUUAUUGAAGGUGUGGGUUCUAAGGCUGGAAAUGCUGGCACGGUGAAUCUUGAUGUUGAGGCUCAUAAUUGGUAUUUGGUUUAUAUCGAUCAAUGUAAUGGUCCACAGGGCCCUCGUCGCCGUAGUCGGCUCAAGGCCAUCUUCCUGACCAUGUUCAUUGUCCUCGCCCUAUACCUGCUAUUCUUCUCCCACACCACCCGAUCCCCCGUGCAGGCCGACACGGGCAGCUAUGCGCAACGACAUGGAUCAGCAGCCCCAUCCUCGGUAGACGAGCUGGCUCGCCCUGCCAUGCGCAAGCGCAAGGAUAUGGUCGUGGCCAGCAUGAACAGUGAUGACACGUCAUGGCUAUCGAAAUACUUCCCAGACUGGACCAAGAGCAUUUACGUGGUCAACGAUCAGCGCGCACCGUUGACGGUGCCGCUCAACAAAAGGGCGCGAGUCGAUGGUCUAUCUCACCUCCUGUCUAGCUAUAUUAUCGACCAUUACGACAACCUACCGGAGACCAUGCUCUUCAUCCACUCGCAACGAUACCAAUGGCACAACGACGACCCGUACUACGAUGGUGUUCCACCGCUACAAAACUUCCAGAUCCCGUAUCUCCAAGAGCAGGGAUACGUCAACCUGCGCUGUGUAUGGACACUCGGAUGCCCGACGGAGAUCCGCCCUUUGACGGAUACCCACCGCGACGCCGUUCAUGCUGGGGAAUACUUUAAGACGGGAUUUAUGGAGCUCUUCCCGGGAGUUCCCAUCCCGGAAGAAGUGGGCGUCUCAUGCUGUGCGCAAUUCGGCGUAUCUCGCUCCAAGGUGCUGGAGCGGCCGCGCAGCGACUACGAGCGCUUCCGCACUUGGCUGGUGAAUACGUCGUUGCCGGAUGAUCUGAGUGGACGAAUUAUGGAAUAUUCAUGGCAUAUGAUUUUUGGAAAAGAACCUAUCCAUUGCCCUAAUGCAGCAGAGUGCUACUGUAAAGUUUUUGGACUGUGCGAUCUGACUUGCCCGUGGGAGGGUGGUUGCGAUGACCGGUAUGCUCUGCCGCCAUUUUCAUCGCUGCCCAAAGGAUGGCCGAGUAUUGGAUGGAAGGGUCAAGCGCAAGAUACGUCGCAUGGAUUGCCGGAGACCUGA